ACAGCCUGGGACCUGCUGUGGGAAAGAAGUUAACCAAGACACACACAUACCACUGACAGUGGGAGCAAGUGGACCUGUUUGACUCUAUGAACCUGUCAGAAAGGAAAUAACUGAGGAUACAGAUCAUAAAUCUGAAGUGACGGACAUAUCGGACGUAUCUGUUGGAGGCAGAGGAAUGUCAAUUUGUCACUGGCUUUUUUUUCAUUUUGUAAACUGAGUACUUUUCUGUGGCGUCUCUCUGUGGAUUGUUUGUGUCCUGGGGACUUCAUCAGUGUCCGUGUGAGACAGUGACACACUACAUGGGCAGACCAGCAGGUGUUUUUAUUUAAUUGGAAGAAGGCAACAACAGUGUUAUCAUCAUGAAUCUGACACAGCGAAUGAAACUACUGAAGCACUUUGGCUCUAUGCCCCCGGAGCCUCCACCUCCACUGCUGGUGGUGCCUAAACCAGGUAUGGAGGAGCUAACGAUAUGGGAGCAACAUACAAUAACACUGAACAAAGAUCCCAAGAUGGGGUUUGGCUUUGCCAUUUCAGGAGGCAAGGACAAGCCUCACCCGGACAACGGGGAUACAGCUGUGGUGGUGUCAGAUGUGCUGCCAAAUGGACCGGCCUUGGGACGCCUGUUCUACAAAGACCAAAUCGUCAUGGUCAACGGAGUGUCUAUGGACAACGUCCACUCUAACUUCACCAUCCAGACCCUCAAGUCAUGUGGCAAGACUGCAGACAUAACAGUGAAACGUCCUCGAAAGAUUCAGAUCCCUGCAACCACCAGACCAACACGGGCCGCUUCCCAUUCCAACCUGCUGGACCCGGAGCCCCCCAGGCGAACACGGCGCUACUCCGACGGCAGCGACAACAGAGACUCCAACCGCUACCGCUACCGCGCUCGCAGCUCCUCGCCCGACCGCAACGGGCAUGGGAACACACUACCGCUGAUGUCGUCGGGGUACAAGAGGCUGCCUCAUCAGGACGUUGUAGAGAAACCCAUCAAAACUACGCUAGUUAAAAAGAGACUCACAGAUGAGUACGGAUUGAAGCUGGGCAGUCAGAUCUUCAUCAAGCACAUGACGGAAACAGGCCUGGCUGCAAAGGAAGGAACGCUGCAGGAGGGAGACCUCAUCCUCAAGAUCAACGGGAUGACGACGGAGAAUCUAUCCCUGCUGGAGACGAAGCACCUGGUGGAGAAGAGCAGGGGCAAACUGACCAUGACGGUCCUCAGGGACGACCGCAAGUUCCUGGUCAGCAUCCCAGAGGUGGAGGACAGCCCGCCCAACAGUGAGGACGGACGCCGGCGGGACAGCAGCUCUGAACUAGAGGACAUUUCAGACCUUGACGACGACAUCCCCCCUCACAGAACGUCCCGUCAACCCCACAGAGAGAAACGGACACGCAGGAGAGCUGAACCUCCUCCACCCAAGUCUCGGGAUUCAUCACCGCUGCGCUCAACCUUGACUCGGCCUCCCGUAAAGAGCUACGCCCCUCGCAGAGCUCCAUCUGAGUCGGACCGCAGUGCCUCUCCGCCUCCCGCCAGGAGAGACAGUCCAGACAUGAGGGAUCACUCCAACAAAUACAAAAGUCUGUCUGGUAUGUCCACCCUCCCCAACCCUCGGUCCUCUCCCCUAGUCCCCAACUGGAACACCUCUCGAGCCUCCUCCAACGCCUCACGGCCGCCUCGCAGGCCAGUGUCGGAGUCAGACUCUGACCGCAGCGCUUCCCCUCCGCGGCGCAGAGAGAGCCCCCGCCCAGACAGCAGAUACAAAGUUCUUCCUGAUGUUCCCCUGCCAGGGCUGAGAGCUUCCCCCAUCACCGUCCGCCAGGAGCCACCAAGGAGGGUCAACUCUCCCGUCAGAGUCCCACCCCCAGACUCUGAGUCCGAGUCAGAAGAGAGCGUGGGGCGUCCUCAGAGGCAGAGCACCACGUACAGCCAGGACUCCCUCAGCAGAUACAGAGUCCUGCCUGAUGUCGCUCUGCAGCCGCAGGUGGAGCCGCCCCGGUGGAGCACCGCCAGCGCCACUGCCAGCAAUCCGCCACGGGAAGCUCGUUCAGAUUCUGAAUCAGAGGCCAGUUAUGCAGCUGUUCCUCGCAGGGAAUCUACGGGCAGCACAAACUCCAACAAGGUUAACAGCCGAUACAGAGUCCUGCCUGACCUGAAAUCCACUUCAGUUGCUGUGAGGCAGGAAGCUCCUCGUCGCAUCCCAUCACCCACCAGGCCUCCUCCUGAUGAUUCCUCAGAGUCGGACCACCUGUCACAUCUCAGGAGGUCUGGGAGCUCUGAGCGGGAAGACAGCCACCGCAGAGCUCCUCGUGCUGCUAAUGGAACUGGCACCGGCAGGUCUGGGAUUUCAGUGAGGAACAACCCACCAACCCACACAAAGCCUGUGGAGGAGCCAAUCUACUCCCUACCUCCAGACUCCUACCCAUCACCUAACCCAGGGUACAGCUCGGACGUCCACACAGUGUCGUUUGUGAAGGACAGCAGUGUGGGUCUGAGGCUCGUGGGGGGAAACGAUGUCGGUAUAUUUGUAGGUGGAGUUCAGCCAAACAGCCCUGCGUACAUAGAGGGGAUGAAAGAGGGAGACCAGAUCAUGUCGGUAAAUAAAGUUGAUUUUGGUCAUUUCACACGAGAAGAGGCAGCCAACUUCCUCCUGAACAUCAAGAAAGGAGAGCGGGUUGAAAUCUGCACUCAGAACAAGAUGGACAUUUACAAGAAGAUCAUCAAGUCCAACCUGGCAGACAACUUCUACAUUCGCACCCACUUUGACCACGAGGCAGACACUCCAAUCGGUCUGAGCUUCACCAGAGGAGAGGUGUUCAGGGUGUUGGACACAAUGCACCGCGGCAAGCUGGGCAACUGGCUGGCCAGCCGCAUGGGGAACGACCUGCACGAGAUGGAUAAAGGCACCAUCCCCAACCAGGCCAGGGCCGAGACGCUGGCCAGCAUAGAGCAGGCGCAGCGGAUUAGCGGAGAGAGGCAGCCGACAGGACCAAGAGCUGAGUUCUGGAAACUACGGGGGCUCAGAGGGAACAAAAAGAAUGACAAGAACGUCCGGCGGACGCGUGACGACCUGCUGCAGCUCACCAUUCAGGGCAAAUUCCCGGCCUACGAGAGAGUCCUGCUCAGAGAAGCUAAUUUCAAGCGACCCAUCGUCAUCAUGGGUCCUCUUAAUGAUAUCGCCAUGGAGAAGCUGGCCAAAGAGAUGCCUGAUGAAUAUGAAGUGGCAGACAUGGUUCCUCGCAGUGGAGACAGCAGCUCCACAGUUAUUAAACUGGACACUGUGAGGAGAAUAGCAGAGAAGGACAAGCACCCUCUUCUGGACAUCACUCCCACUGCAGUCGAAAGGCUGAACUACAUCCAGUACCACCCCAUGGUGCUGUUCCUGGACCCUCACAGCCGCAAGGACGUCAAAGCCAUGAGGCAGAGGUACAACCCCAACUCCAACAAGAGCUCCAGGCGCCUCUACACACAGGCGCUCAAGCUGAGGAAACACUGCAGCCACCUUUUCUCAGCACGUGUUGACCUGCAGCCCAACUCCGGUAUUUGGUAUGAGAGUCUGAAAGAUAAGAUUCGCCACCAACAGUCAAAACCUGUCUGGGUGUCUGAAGUGACGUUGGAGAGUGGUGGAGAGCAGGACUUGGAUGCUCUGGAUCAAACCCAGUCCGACUACCUGAGCGCUGCCAGUGACCUGGAGGACACUGACGGAGAGGCCUUCACCGACGAGGCCUACACCGACAACGAGGACCUGGAGGAGGCUUACCGGGAUCAGAACGAAGCCACGCUCCCCAGAGGCUCCAGAGCCUCCAGAGUAGCUGGAGCCGCUUUAGCCCGAUCAUCUGAGCCCGCCUCUGGGCACCACAGCCCCGACGUGGACAGCGAGCCUCACUCCAACACACGCUCAGUCAGAGAGAUCCCGCCCUUGAUGCACGUACCUGAGCCCAGGACUUCCCGCCAGCACAGUUACAGCCCGCCUCACAGCGCUGCUGAGGAGGAAGACCCCUCUCAUCGCAGUUUUACAGACUCAGAUUUCAGCGCCCUUGAUGCAGUUCAACCCACCACUCCAUCUGAUGGACCCCCGGAUUUUAUAGCCCCCGACCCCUCCACUAGGUACACUCUGAACGAGCCUUCAUACGCCGAGGCGCCGCCUGAGAGCCCACAACAUGCCAGCCUGUCUGCCAUCGAGGAGAAAUUAGACCAGGCUCGCUCUGCAGAGCCACAGGCAGAAGUGGAGGAGAAGAAGGGCCCUCAGUUCAUCGUGCUAGCACAUCAUCACCAGGCAGUCCAGUUCAGACGCACACAGAUCCGAGGCAGCGACAGCUCCGAUGACGACGAGGACGAUGUGGAUGACAUCGAGUGGGGUCCUGCGACAGAACUUUAGAGCCCAGUGAGGAUUAAAGCAACCGAUCUAACACGGACAUGGAAACUAUUUCACUCCUCUAAGAAACUCUCUUGGAUCAUUUUGUACAUGUGUUUGUGCAGAACCAGAGUUUUGUCUGAAGAUGGUCAGGCUACACUGACGGCCGCGCCCAGGAGUGGAUGUUGGAGAUUUCGACAACCUUUAACAGAUUACUGAAACACCUACAGAAAAGGUUCUCACGUGAAUGUUAAGAUCAAAGUGCCUGAUUUCUUUUCAUUUUUUUACUUAAAUGUCAAAUAAAUCAGUUUGCCCUUUGCUACUGUAUGUAACAUGUAAACACAUAGUUUUAUCAGAAAUUAUAGUAAGUGAGUCAAAAGCAUUUAUGAUAUGUUUGGAUGCCUCUUUAACUUUUUCUACAUUAAACUGUUUUCCUGAUUUCAACAGUGGGUUUGUUCAGUCGUACUAAGAUGGCAGAACUCAGUAAAUGUCUUUCACAUUUCUGUCAGGAUUCCCCUACGUUAAAACAACCCUGAUCAAUGAUGAUCACUAGUAUCAGCUACUCGUGAAAAUGACUUGUAUUUCGUGGACAAACAACAAUUGGAAGAUGAAACUGUAAAGCAAGCUGUGACACACUACCUGAUAUUACACUCCCCACUGAGACUGGAGAACUAACUGGGCGAAGAGGGCCAUCACUACGGACCCUCAGGGGCCCCAAAGGCAACAGGUUCAUUUUGUUGCAUUUAUUUUUUGGUGUAUUUGAUGCCCUGCACAUUUGUUUGUUAAGAGAUACCACUAACGCACAAUAUAAACAAAUAUGUAAGGUGGCUACUGCA